ACGCACAUGUUCCACGUAAGUGACAGUAACCAAUGUCGGAACUGGUGUAAUUUUUAAAUAAAACAAGGUGGUAGAUUAAUUCUGCGUGAACCGAUUUUUUUGUCACGAAAAAAUGGUGUCAGUUUUAAAUACGGUCGACACCGGCCAUGAAGAUAUGAUCCAUGAUGCCGAGAUGGAUUAUUAUGGAUUGAGGUUAGCCACUUGCUCAAGUGAUAGCUCGGUAAAGAUUUUCGACUUAAAAAACGGUUCUCAGAGCCUCGUUGCUGACUUGAAAGGACAUGUUGGCCCUGUUUGGCAAGUUGCUUGGGCACAUCCUAAAUUUGGGAACAUUCUCGCUUCCUGCAGUUACGAUAGGAAGGUAAUUAUUUGGAAGGAAUUGGGAGAAUGGACAAAAAUCUAUGAACAUACGGCGCAUGACUCUUCGGUAAACUCUGUCGCUUGGGCGCCGCACGUUUUUGGAUUAAUUUUGGCGUGUGGUAGUUCCGAUGGGUCGAUCUCUAUUCUUGUUAGUAAUGGAGAAACCUGGGAGUCACAGAAGAUACCAAAUGCACAUACUAUUGGUUGUAACGCAGUAAGCUGGUGCCCAGCAAUUGAACCAGUACUCGAUUCUACAACUUCUCAUCAGAAAAAUGUCAAAAGACUAGCUUCCGGAGGGUGUGAUAACUUAAUUAAAAUCUGGAGGGAAGAAGGUGACAGAUGGAUAGAAGAAAACAAAUUAGAAGCACACAGUGACUGGGUACGAGAUGUGGCAUGGGCGCCAGCCAUAGGAUCAUCUAAAGCAGCUUUAGCUUCAUGUUCGCAAGAUCGACGAGUAGUUAUUUGGAAUUCAACCGAUUAUACAAGUUGGACACCUAUUAUUUUGAACGUCUUUGAUGAUGUCAUUUGGAGUGUCAGUUGGUCUUUAAUUGGUGGUAUUUUAGCUGUUAGUGGUGGAGAUAAUAAGAUUUCGUUAUGGCGAGAAAAUACAGAAGGUCAGUGGAUAUGUAUUUCAGACCUAAACAAGGGUCAGGGAAACCUUAACAAUUCAGAUCAACGUGCGCUAUAGUACAGUUUGUUAUUUUCCUAACGAUUUCAAAAUGGAUUACACGAAUUUUUGAUAAAAGUAAAUACUGUAAGUUAAGUCGAAAGUCAAGUUGUUUUCAAAGUGCUUUCUAAAAAUACAUGUUAGUUAUUGGUGCCGUUACCACUUGGAGAAAAUUUGUUACGAAGUGGAGAAAAGGUAAGAAACUUAUAGAUGGUAGGAAAACGAUACUAAACAUUUAUUUGUGCAACAGCACGAUACACAUUUUCAACGCGGCAAAAUUAUAAAAAUGACAUUAAUCGGUAAAAUGGUAUAAAUCUCCUUAAAUUUUGUAAGGAGUAUGGGACCUAUUUCUUGUUUCAAAAUCCUAUUUAUGAAAAUAUAACUACCUUA